UUAUGUUCUCUCGGCGCCAACUAAAUUACUUGACACGCUGCCCGGCAUACUGAUGCUGACUGAUUGCUUAGAGGCAUGCCAGGUGAACGAAUCAUGCAGUGCAGUUAAUUACGAGACCGGUCUCUGUGUUUUAUUCAAAACUACCGCUGAUAUAUUGCCAGGUUCACUUUCGCGUUCACAGUUUCCAGUUUUCACCAUUUACGCACAGAAAUCCUGUUUGGGUGUGCGUCCUUGCUCGAAGGCCUGGUGCAUCGAUCGCGUUCAAGGUUAUCGCCUGGUGGAUCAUGUCAAGUCGAGCCAGACUGUCUAUACGCGCCGUGACUGCUUGGAAUUGUGCUUGGGCGAAACCGAAUUUACGUGCAGAUCCGCCAAUUUAUAA